AUGAGGUUAUUCAGUAAAGAAACUGGGGGAAGGAGUAGAGGGGGUGUAUAUUCAGUGGAUGUGGACUGUCUUGAUCCAGCCUUUGCUCCAGGGGUAUCUCACAUCGAACCAGGAGGCCUUUCCUUUCGUGAUGUUCUCAACAUCCUACACAACCUCCAAGGCAAUCUGGUUGGUGCAGAUGUGGUAGAGUUCAACCCACAACGUGACACUGUUGAUGGAAUGACUGCAAUGGUUGCUGCUAAGCUUGUAAGAGAACUGGUGGCCAAGAUGUCAAAAUGA